CCUCCAGAAUGGGUUGCCAGUGGCUGAAGAGGAAUAGUAGGCGGGGCCAUCUCUGUUUGAGAGACACGUGUACAGAGGAACCAGGAAGUGGCUGCCGGAAUUGGAGUGUCUGUGAUAGUUUGCUGCGGCUGGGGGAUCCCAGAAGUGGUGAAUGUAGUCAUCCGGCUCGGGAGCACUCAUUAUGUUAUUGGGUUGCAGUCCAGUGUUGCAAGCGGUGCUGGGCACCUUCUUCACCUGGGGAUUGACAGCUGCUGGCUCAGCCCUUGUGUUUGUUUUUUCUAGUGGGCAGAGACGGAUUCUGGAUGGCAGCCUGGGCUUUGCUGCAGGGGUCAUGUUGGCUGCUUCUUACUGGUCCCUCCUAGCACCUGCCAUAGAACUAGCAGAGAAUUCUGGGAAGUUUGGGGCCUUUGCAUUCUUCCCUGUGGUUAUCGGCUUCACUCUCGGAGCAGCAUUCGUGUAUUUCGCUGACCUUCUUCUUCCCUGGCUGGGUGUCAUUGAACAUUCCCAAACAGCUUUGGCUUUGAGCUAUGAUGCAAAGGUGAUGAAAGAGAAGUAUGAGCACCCGUCCACGCAUCAUCAGGAGUAUGAAAACGAGCUGUCCAUCCGGAUAGGUAGAACUGCACUGCAUUCAGACAAAGGUGAAAAUGGGGAACCCUAUCAGAGGAGGAAAGGUGUUGGAGGUUACCAGCCAGAUGCUCCUGCUCCAUCCCAGACUCUUAAAGACAGCACCCUGGUGCCAGUAACCAACAGCUGGAGGCGAAUCAUGCUACUCAUCUUAGCAAUAACAAUACACAAUAUUCCUGAGGGUUUGGCCGUUGGUGUCGGAUUUGGGGCUGUUGGAAAGUCAGCAUCUGCAACCUUUGAAAGUGCCAGGAAUUUAGCAAUUGGGAUUGGAAUUCAGAAUUUUCCAGAAGGCCUAGCCGUCAGCCUUCCCUUGCGUGGGGCUGGAUUUUCAACAUGGAGAGCAUUCUGGUAUGGACAAUUGAGCGGGAUGGUGGAGCCAUUAGCUGGCAUUUUUGGGGCUGUUGCCAUGGUGUUAGCAGAGCCACUCCUCCCCUACGCCUUGGCUUUCGCUGCUGGGGCAAUGGUGUAUGUCGUGGUAGAUGAUAUCAUCCCAGAAGCACAGAUCAGUGGCAAUGGGAAGCUGGCUUCCUGGACCUCCAUUUUAGGAUUUGUGGUCAUGAUGUCUCUGGAUGUUGGACUUGGGUAAUAGGAGAUGCUGUCCUUCCCCAUUUUUGACCUGCAGAAUAUAGUAACAUGAACAAAAUGCACAGCAGAUAUAUUCAAACUGGAGCUUUUGUGUUUUACAUAAUUGUACUGAUCUGGGUUGGUGUUGAUUGCCUUUAAUUAUAUGGACUUAAACAAAAUUGCCAUAGCACUCUAUUGAUUAAAAAAUGCAGAAAGACUCUAGUGUUUCCCCUCUUGCCACUCAAUUAUUUCUUCUUCAUCAGGGAUGUUAGUAUGGAACAUAUCAAUGAAGUGCCAGGGCACGUUUCAUUCCUCCCGUAUUUGAAGCAGGUUUUCCUAUCUGUAAAGAUCAGGCCUUGUCUACUGUUAAUGUCUUUGCUGUGUGUACGCAGAGCUUGUGGUAUGGUAUAAUUGAAAGGGGCAACGAUAAAGAGCUUAAAAUCUUAAAGUCUUCAGUUGACCAUCAGACAGAUGUGCACAAUGCAUACUUGCGGGUCUGGGAAUAUUCAGCUGCAACAAUUGUUGGAAUGGAUAGCAUCAGUUUUAAUCGGUGACAUAAAUGGGAUCUUAGGAACCAUGCUUAAAGAUGAGAGUGUGUGAGCUUUUAUAUAUGCGUAUUGUAAUGGAGGUUUACUUGAAAUGGAAAGGAAUAUCUUUUUUUUUUAAUGGCAGGGUGUUUGUGACAAAUGUUAAGUGAAUAAUGCACUUCUGUCAAGUGUGCAGGCUUCUGAAAUGCUGUAACUGUGGGCCUACUUGAUGCCUAAUAUAACUAAUCUGGCUAAAAAGAUCACCCUCCCAGUUUAGGCAUAUGCCAUUUUGUUUUUCUAGGGGCAAAUAGAAGCCUGUAGAAAUUGCUCAUUUAUGCUCUUGGCACUGCUGACUUGCUCAUAUGCCAUUCCCAGUAUGAGUUAGUGACUCCUUGAAGGCAGAACUGAGCCUUGUGACAGUCCAUGUGCUGCCCUCCCCCCCAGCCACUGUCAACGCAAGCAGCCGAUGGCAGCACUGCCUACAUGUUUUUCCUCCCAUCUGCAUUUUCCAAGCGUUGGGGGAGCGGGGCUUUAAAUAUAAGUGAAUUAAAACAAAACCAAAAAAGCAUUCGACAGGCAAUUGCUCUUUUCUUUUGAUGAAUACAAGGGAAGGGCAGUGAAUUUUCAAACUUUCCAUAUUGAUCUAGCAAUUCGGCUAUAAGUGUUGAGGCCCAGAGCAAAAAAGCACCCCACUGUGCUCUAUAUUGGAAAGACAGCUGAAUUAACAGACAUCUUGGCAGGUCCAGUAAGAGUACUUGGAUCAGUACAUAACAUACUUCUUGUAGUUCAGACCUUCUCGUUUUAUGUCUGCAGCAUUGAUGCUACAGUUUAAACAUCAAGGAUUGUAAUCUGUACCACUGGAGCUGGACUUCCUAUAUGUUGCUACAGACUUCUUCAAAAGAGAGCAGUUGAGAUCUAGUGCCUUGUCCAUGGGUAAGCCAUUUAUGGACACAUUUGGUCCACCAGGGCUUGCCCCUCUAAACUCACAUUGCGGAGGCUCUUUGGCUUCCUCACAAUCCCCAUAUUCUAGACUCCUGGAGCCACGUGCUGACGCAAGCAAGGCCUCCCCAAGCAAGGGCCAUAGAGUUACAAUCAACCAGUAGGUGCUGGUGAGAUGAACUAAACCAAGUGAAAGCCACAAGACUAUUUCUUCGGUGAGGGAAUUUAUCUUUAUGUGCACAGGCCAGUGCAGAAUGGUGUUUACCAGUUGAUCUGACUUUUUAACUGUGAUUUGUCUGAAUAAAAGAAGAGAUUCAGA